UCUCAGCUAAUUACGAUUCCUGGCUUUGUCAUAAUCACACAGUGAACAGAGGGCAGGCAGUCUGGAGAAGGCAAGGCAUGGGCUUUCUAAAGCCUUGCUUGAUGCAGAUGUGUUAUAGAGCCAGCAGCAGGCAUCGAAUAGCCAGAACUUAUCAUGGCAGGCUCCAGGGCAGCAAGCACCUGCAGCAUCCCUGGCCACAUGCACAAUUCCUCUGAACUUGGACUGUGGGGCAAAAAGGAAACAUGCCGAUUUUGUGCGCCUGUGCAUCUCUGCUUCCCAGCUGCAACUGUGUCGUGAUGAUGGCCGAGGGAAAUCACACCCCCAUCACUGAGUUUGUGCUCUCGGGAUUCUCAGAGAAAAGGGGCAUCCAGACUGUCCUCUUUCUGGUGUUCCUGCUGAUCUACGUGGUGACUCUGCUAGGCAACGCAGGCAUGAUCAUGUUGAUCAGGCUGGACUCCCGGCUUCACACCCCCAUGUACUUCUUCCUGAGCAGCUUGUCCUUCCUCGACAUCUGCUAUUCCUCCUCCAUCACUCCCCGCGUGCUCUCAGACCUCCCAGCAUCACGGAAGCUCAUUUCCCACUCCGCGUGCCUGGCACAAUUUUAUUUCUAUGCUGUCUUCGCCACCACAGAGUGCUACCUCUUGGCCGUGAUGGCGUACGACCGCUACGUGGCCAUCUGCAGCCCUCUGCUCUACAUCUUCUCCAUGUCUGGCAGAGUUUGCGCGCUACUGGUCGCCAGCUCGUACCUCGUCGGGGUUGCAAAUGCCACCAUUCACACUGGGUUCACAUUCAGGCUGUCCUUCUGCGGUCCCAACCUCAUCAAUCACUUCUACUGCGACGGUCCCCCACUCUACGCCAUCUCUUGCACGGACCCCACCGCCAACGAGAUUGCGAUGUUCCUCGUGGUUGGCUUCAACAUGCUCAUCACCAGCGUGACCAUCCUCAUCUCCUACGCCUACAUCCUGCUCGCUAUCCUCAGGAUGCGCACGGCUGCCGGCAAGCGCAAAGCCUUCUCCACGUGCGCGUCCCACCUGGCCGCCGUCACCCUCUUCUAUGCAUCUGCUGCUUCCAUGUACUCACGGCCCAGCUCCAGGCGCUCCCAGGACCUGGACAAGGUGGCCUCUGUGUUCUACACCAUGGUGACCCCCAUGCUGAACCCCCUCAUCUACAGCCUGAGGAACAAGGAGGUAAAGGACGCUCUAGGGAAAGCAAUGGAGAGGAAGCGUUUGUCUGACAAAUAGCCAU